AUGGCUUGGGAAUACUUCUGGGUGGACACUUGCUGCAUCGACAAGUCAAAUCACACUGAACAUACCGAAGCGAUCUACUGCAUGUUUCGCUGGUAUCAGAAUGCAGCAGCCUGCUACGUAUGGUUCAACCGUGGUUGGGCCUUGGAGGAACUCCUUGCGCCUUCACAAGUCAUAUUUUUCUCAUCUGAUGGCCAGAGACUCGGCGACAAGAAGUCACUUCAGCGUGAAAUCAGGGAAAGAACCAACAUCCCAGUUGGGGCUUUAGAAGGAACGUCUCUGUCUACGUUCAAUGUCGACAAACGCAUGUCAUGA